GCCCAGCUCUUCAUCUUUCAGGCGUCUAGCUCCUCGGGAAAAGUUGCUUCCCCAAGUUUGCUGAAGUCGUCUCCAAGUCUCGGUGGGGGGUCGCUGGGAACUGGAGGCGUGUGAGAGCACGGUCGAUCCCCGGAGCUCAGGCGGGUUAUCGCCGGUUCUUCCCCGCGCCGCCCGGCUGGACGCUGCAGCCAGCGCCGGCCGGAUCGCGGGCGCCGAGCGGCGGGUGGGGAAGACGGCUGCCCGUGGGCGCCCCGAUUUCCCUCAGGACCCAAAGGGCUUGUUUUGGGGCGCCAAGCUUCCAUUCUUUUGGCUGUUCCCUCCUAGUUCUCAGAAGCCCCGGUGUCUGCGGGAAAGCACGCGGUGGCCAGGCUCUGCUGAAUGUUCAUCCCACCCUUGAUGGCCUCCGUCCCCACCCCGGGCCCCCUCUAUUGGCCCAGGAAGCCCACCCUGCCCCGCCACGCAGAGCCCAGAAGGAAAGAGAGCCUCAUGCCUGAGCCGAGGGGAGCACCAUGGAUCUGACAAAAAUGGGCAUGAUCCAGCUGCAGAACCCUAGCCACCCCACGGGGCUGCUGUGCAAGGCCAACCAGAUGCGGCUGGCCGGGACUCUGUGCGAUGUGGUCAUCAUGGUGGACAGCCAGGAGUUCCACGCCCACCGGACGGUGCUGGCCUGCACCAGCAAGAUGUUUGAGAUCCUCUUCCACCGCAACAGUCAGCACUAUACUCUGGACUUCCUCUCGCCAAAGACCUUCCAGCAGAUUCUGGAGUAUGCAUAUACAGCCACGCUGCAAGCCAAGGCGGAGGACCUGGAUGACCUGCUGUAUGCUGCCGAGAUCCUGGAGAUCGAGUACCUGGAGGAGCAGUGCCUGAAGAUCCUGGAGACCAUCCAGGCCUCAGACGACAAUGACACGGAGGCCACCAUGGCCGACGGUGGGGCCGAGGAAGAAGAGGACCGCAAGGCUCGGUACCUCAAGAACAUCUUCAUCUCAAAGCAUUCCAGCGAGGAGAGUGGGUAUGCCAGUGUGGCUGGACAGAGCCUCCCUGCAUCCAUGGUGGACCAGAGCCCUUCAGUCUCCACCUCAUUUGGUCUUUCAGCCAUGAGUCCCACCAAGGCUGCAGUGGACAGUUUGAUGACCAUAGGACAGUCUCUCCUGCAGGGAACUCUUCAGCCACCUGCAGGGCCCGAGGAGCCAACUCUGGCUGGGGGUGGGCGGCACCCUGGGGUGGCUGAGGUGAAGACGGAGAUGAUGCAGGUGGAUGAGGUGCCCAGCCAGGACAGCCCUGGGGCAGCUGAGUCCAGCAUCUCAGGAGGGAUGGGGGACAAAGUUGAGGAAAGAGGCAAAGAGGGGCCUGGGACCCCAACUCGAAGCAGCGUCAUCACCAGUGCUAGGGAGCUGCACUAUGGGCGAGAGGAGAGUGCCGAGCAGCUGCCACCCCCAGCUGAGGCUGGCCAGGCCCCCACUGGCCGACCUGAGCACCCAGCACCCCCGCCUGAGAAGCAUCUGGGCAUCUACUCCGUGUUGCCCAACCACAAGGCUGACGCUGUGUUGAGCAUGCCAUCUUCGGUGACCUCUGGCCUCCACGUGCAGCCUGCCCUGGCUGUCUCCAUGGACUUCAGCACCUAUGGGGGGCUGCUGCCCCAGGGCUUCAUCCAGAGGGAGCUGUUCAGCAAGCUGGGGGAGCUGGCUGUGGGCAUGAAGUCAGAGAGCCGGACCAUCGGGGAGCAGUGCAGCGUGUGUGGGGUCGAGCUGCCUGAUAACGAGGCUGUGGAGCAGCACAGGAAGCUGCACAGUGGGAUGAAGACGUACGGGUGCGAGCUCUGCGGGAAGCGGUUCCUGGAUAGUUUGCGGCUGAGAAUGCACUUACUGGCUCAUUCAGCGGGUGCCAAAGCCUUUGUCUGUGAUCAGUGUGGUGCACAGUUUUCGAAGGAGGAUGCCCUGGAGACGCACAGGCAGACCCAUACUGGCACUGACAUGGCCGUCUUCUGUCUGCUGUGUGGGAAGCGCUUCCAGGCGCAGAGCGCACUGCAGCAGCACAUGGAGGUCCACGCGGGCGUGCGCAGCUACAUCUGCAGCGAGUGCAACCGCACCUUCCCCAGCCACACGGCCCUCAAACGCCACCUGCGCUCACAUACAGGCGACCACCCCUACGAGUGUGAGUUCUGUGGCAGCUGCUUCCGGGAUGAGAGCACACUCAAGAGCCACAAACGCAUCCACACGGGUGAGAAACCCUAUGAGUGCAAUGGCUGUGGCAAGAAGUUCAGCCUCAAGCAUCAGCUGGAGACGCACUAUAGGGUGCACACAGGUGAGAAGCCCUUUGAGUGUAAGCUGUGCCACCAGCGCUCCCGGGACUACUCGGCCAUGAUCAAGCACCUGAGAACGCACAACGGCGCCUCGCCCUACCAGUGCACCAUCUGCACAGAGUACUGCCCCAGCCUCUCCUCCAUGCAGAAGCACAUGAAGGGCCACAAGCCCGAGGAGAUCCCGCCCGACUGGAGGAUAGAGAAGACGUACCUCUACCUGUGCUACGUGUGAAGGGAGGCCCGCGGCGGUGGAGCCGAGCGGGGAGCCAGGAAAGAAGAGUUGGAUCGAGAUGAAGGAAGGACUAUGAAAAAUAAAAAAGGAAAAGAAAAAAAAAAAAGAGAAGGAAAAGGAAACCUGAUAGCUUUUUGGCCUUGGAUUCUCUCUGGGCUCCAGAUGACCUGGAUGCCAAGCCACUGCCCCUCCUCUGGGGGCCUCCACCCUCCUCUCCCGGCUGGAGGUUUGCCUGAUUUUCUGGGAUGGGGUGGGGUAUUUUGUUCACUCAAAUGGUGGCACAUUUUUCUCCUGCCUUCACCCAGAUCUUCCUUUAUGUGUCCAGAAACGGAGGCUAGAAAGCAGGUGAGAGGUCCUCUGAUCAGAGCCACACAGUCUCUGCCGGCCUUGCUCCCGCAAGACCUCCAGAAGAUGAAGGCAGGGAGGAGGGGAGCCAGAAGGGUGCUCCCCUGCCGAUGGGGCUGGGCUGGGUCACUAGCUGCUCAAAGUGGCAGCUCUAGUUUGCUGGCGGCCGACUGGGGAGAGGAAGGGCUCUGGUUCUCUUCCCACCACUCAGCCCACCUGCUGCUUUCCUCUGCUUUGCCACAUCUGGGUGUCCCCUGGUGGUCUCUGAGAGCCUCUGGACCCCUGCCCCUCCCCCAGCUCUUUGUUCCCAGCCUCCCCUUGACUCCUGUCCUCCAAGUCCCAGGGGAGUCUCAGCCCCUCAGGGACCUGGCGGUGUCUCCAUCCUUCUCCAGUUCCCUAGUGGGACAGCUGCCUCUGACUUCAGAGCCCCUCCUUCCCUCAGCUUUCUGAGAAUACAAAACAAAUCCAAUACCCCACCCUAGUCCAGGCCCAUUGUGAGCAAGAUUCCUGCUGCGCUGCUUCCAAAAUGGAAAAGCAUCACAACUAAAUACCUAAUAUUUUACCAAACAAACCACAGUCCCUACGUGGCCCUACUUCAGUCCCAGGAGAAGGAAUCCAUGAAAGGGCUGAUGUUCCAAGGGAAGGUUGUGGAUGUCUUUCUCUAGGGGGGCCCUACACCUGGGGAAGAGGAUACCCAGCCCGUGGGGUGACGGAAGCUGGGCAAGGGAGAAAGUUGUUGAGUCACACUGAGGACCCUAGAUGUAGUGAGCUCAGCAAGAAAAGCCAGGUCCAGAGAGAGUCACACAGAAUUCCUGACUCACAGCGCUCCUCGGUCCACAGUGGAGAGAAGGAGGAGCAGAAGGAGGAGGAGGAGCAGCAGGAGGAGGAGGAGUUGAAAGCGCUUUGGCCUUGUGUUAUGUUUUGCUUCUUUUCUGUGUCUCCUGUUAGCACAUUGUACUUGAAUUACCUCAGUUUUUUGUGACCUCAUGAGCUUUUUUAACCUCUGUAUCUCUUUUUUUGGUUGGGGCUUGGAGGAAUGGGGAGGGUGUUCUUUUCUGUUUCUUGUGUAAAUUAACAGUUGUUUUUAUAGACUUCAGCUGGCCAAGACCCUCCCCGUGCCCCUGGAGACCAGCCUCCCAGCUGGAAGGAACUGUGCAGGAGGAGUUGAUACUCAGGAUCUGAAUGUGAGGGCCGGGGAGGGCAAAAAACGUAGGUGGGGAGGGGAUGUUGCAUUGGGGUCCCAUGGUCCCCAAAGGGCACUAGGGAGUCACUAUCGGCUCCGCCGGUGCACGAAGUCACCUGUGGCCACCAUCCUUUCAGCCUAAAACACUCUGGAGAGAAUCCCACCUUUCUUACAAGUUGCUGGGCCAUUGAGGUUUGAGGGCCUGUGUUUGGAUCCUUGCAACUGUGUGGUCUCACCUCUGUGUGCAUUCUCAUUGCCAGGAUUGGUCUAUUUUCACGGCUGGUCUUUGGGGAGCGGGGCGGGAUCCAGCCUUUGUUUUGUUGUGUUGGGGCGGGGGUGUUGUUUUUCUAAAAGCUACCUCUUAUGUUUGUCCAGUUGUUCUUUUGUUCCUUUCCCGCCUCCCACUCUGCUGCUCUUCCUCCCUCUUUUCCCCAACCUCCCCCAACCCUCCUGAAUUUUGGAAAGCACAUUUGCAAUAUUCGUGUUUGCUUUGGGACGGACCCUCCGUUUCAUCUCAUGCUUUAUGUGUAAGAGUUUUUUAUUGUUAUUUUUUCUUUCCUUUCUCUCGCCGAGAAAGUUGUGGCUGCGUUUUGAUCUUAGGUUUUACAAAGUGGUUUAGGGAAGCGGUUUUGGGGAGAAGGAUCACGAGGAAUGUAGGGAAGCCGGAGGGAUGGGUGCUGCUGUGACGACCUCCCUGUCCCUCGGCCCCGGCCCUCCUGCCCUCCCCUUCAAUCUCAUCCACCAAAUCUGAAGGCCUUAAAAUUGUGUGUUGGGAGGAUGCGAAUUGGGAGGACGGUGUCACUAGACUGUUGAUUAGGGACGAUGAAGUAGGGAGGAUGCUAUUUUGCAACUGUAAUAACGACUUAGUGUUUUGGAAAGGAAAAGAAGUUAAACUUGAAAUAUGUGACUAGAACAGUUGUCAUGUUUAUAAUGUGAAAAGGGUGAAAUCAUUUGGGGGAGGGGCCGUCUGUAAGAAAUCAGUAUGCACUAUGGCUUCCUCCUCUGGUCUGGGAAGAAGCAGGGACUGGCUGGCCCUCAGGGGAUCUGUAAAUCCCAGAAAACAGUAUUUUUAACAGCAAGAUGUCAUUCAACAUUGGUGGGGAAGGAAGAGAAAAAAUCAAACUAUUCCAUAGAACUAGCUUACCCCCUCACUCCCUUGCCCUUCCCACUCAGCCUGGGCCCCUCCCCCCUCCAUUCAUAAAAGCUGAGAGGGUUGAGCUAAUCUUUACAAAUUGUAAUAUUUUUGUAGUAUCUGUUAGUUCCUUCGUCAGUUCUGCAGAACCUUGCCCUUUCCUUUUGUAAUGUGAAUAGGAAGACAAAAGACAAAAAAAAGUCCACCACCACCAAAAUAUCCCUUUGUACAUGUGUGUGCGUGUGCGUGUGUGCUUUGUGUGUGUGGUUGUGUGUUAAAUCAUGCAGUAUUGUCGUAAUCUGGUGUUGCAGCAUUGGAUGGUACUAAAUCAGCACCCGGACGCCCCGCCCAACCCGAUGGGCCCUGCAGACCCCAGUAGAGAGGUAGGGGGAGAGCUCAGAGGAGUGUGGUUUCUGAGGGCUACUGUUUGGGGACACCUCUGAAUUUGCUGUACCCUCCUCUCCCCGUGAAGACACCUGAAUAGAGUCUAACAUGCCUCUUCUCCAACUUCCUACCCACAACAACGGAACAGUUCUAAUGUUGCAAGGCCUAGUGGCCGGGGGCAAGCUAAGAGGCUGUCUGGAGGCUUUAUAUGUGUCUGGAGUUGAGGGGAGAGGAGAAGGGUAGAGGGAGGUCUCUCCCCAGGUGGGAUCUGAAUAUCUGUCCUCCCCUCCUCUUGGCGCCGUCUGACUCCUUUGGCCACCUGGCUGCCUUUAGCUGUGGCACUGCUGGCAACCCUGCUUGCUACUGCCUUAUCCAGCACAGUGAAAAACUUCUCCAGCCUGGCAAGGCCACGUUGGCUAAUAGUCCCUUUCCUGUGUCCAGCUCCUACAAGUGUGUCCCUUAAUGCGUUUGGUGACAUUUACACCCCACUCAUGUGCUCUUUCCCUGUUCACUCCUUCACUCAUUCAAAGCAUUAAAAUCCUAUGUAUAUAUAGGAUAGACAAAUAUAUAGAUAUAUAGAUAUAUAUAUAGAGCAAGAGAUUGAUAUAAAAUAGUAAAUAUCAUUGCUGCUUUGGGCUGCUUUGGAGGAGGAGGCCAUGAAUAUGGGGAAGGCAGAUCUGGGGUGCAGGGGUGGGUAGGGAGGCUGGGGGACCCAGUGAUUCAGUACAAUCCAAGGGGUGCAACGUGGGCUUGUUUAAUCUUUGUGCCUGAACAGUUUUUCCAUGUUGAGAAAAAAAGAAACAAAACUGCUGCAAUUUUUCACAAGUGUAUGGUACCUUUCUGGAUGCUAUUGGUACAACCGCUGUGGACGGAAGAGGGCCGCUGAGCUUACCUCCUUAUAGAGGAGUGAGCAGAGGUGGGGCAGCCUUUCGACUCUGUCCAUGAAGGGUGGCAGGGUCGGGGUAAUUUUGGGGCCUGUUUCCCGGCAAGCCGAGCUAGGGUGAAAACUGGGGGUGCACCAGGAUGUGAGACAGAAAAGCAGAAGAUUAGACUCUGUCCAUUCACUUUUCCUAGGCCCAUCCUGUGGUCAUCUUUCCCCCUCCCAUCUUACCUCCUCCUUUCUGGAGCCUCUGCCGACUUGGCUGUAAUGGUGGCACUUACCUGGAUAUUUCAGUGGGAGGACGAAAAGCGAGACUCACCCUAUGUGGUGGGACGGAUGGGGAGAGGAAAAAGGCAGAGAUGGCCAGGAGAGGGGCGCAGGACAAACCAGAGAGGUUGGGUCGGGGGAAGAAGGCAGGGAGAAAGAGGGGUGCAGGCCCUGCAGGCCGGUUAGCCAGCAGCUGCGGCCUCCCUGGGCCCUUGGCAUCCCACUUCGCAGACAGGGUACCAGCCUCCUGGUGUGUAUCAUAGGAUUUGUUCACAUAGUGUUAUGCAUGAUCUUCGUAAGGUUAAGAAACCGUGGUGGUGCACCAUGACAUCCGACCCAUAUAAAUAAAGAUAAAUAUAUAUAUAUAUGUAUGUAAAUUAUAGCACUGAGGGCCCUGCUGCCCUGCUGGACCAAGCAAAACUAAGCCUUUUGGUUUGGGUAUUAUGUUUUGUUUUGUUAUUUGUUUGUUUUCGUGGCUUGUCUUAUGUCGUGACAGCACAAGUGCCAGUCGGAUUGCUCUGUAUUACAUAAUAGUGUUUUUAAUUCAUCGAUGUUCUAGUUAAUGUCUACCUCAGCACCUCCUCUUAGCCUAAUUUUAGGAGGUUGCCCAAUUUUGUUUCUUCAAUUUUACUGGUUACUUUUUUGUACAAAUCAAUCUCUUUCUCUUUCUCUCCUCCCCACCUCUCACCCUUGCCCUCUCCGUCUGCCCCUCCCGCCCUCCCCUCCUCCCUCUGGCUCCCCCUCUCAUUUCUGUCGGCUCCAUUCUCUCUCCCUCUCUCCUGCCUCCUGCUGCCCCUCCCCAGCCCACUUCCCCGAGUUGUGCUUGCCGCUCCUUAUCUGUUCUAGUUCCGAAGCAGUUUCACUCAAAGUUGUGCAGUCCUGGUUGCAGCUUUCCGCAUCUGCCUUCGUUUCGUGUAGAUUGACGCGUUUCUUUGUAAUUUCAGUGUUUCUGACAAGAUUUAAAAAAAAAAAAAGGAAAAAAAAAUAAGAAAAAAUGAAUUUACUGCUGCAGGUUUUUUUCUCUCUCCAUGUGUCACUAAGUGAAGUUUGUGCCUUCUAUAGCAAAGAGAAUAUUUUUUACAUCCUACUAACAGUAGAUUUUUUUGUAGUGAACAUUUUUUGUAUUUUUAUUUAUAAGUCUCAUAAGAAAAAUAGCAAUGUUCAGUUGUAUACCUUGAAUCUGCAGUUAGAAGAGAAUAAAGUUAAUUCAGUUGUCUCUCG